AUGAGUCAGCACCAGGACUGUCGCAUGUACGAGCAGAAGUACCCAGAGGUUGACGAUGUAGUCAUGGUGCAGGUCAAGUCUAUUGCGGAGAUGGGUGCGUAUGUGUCCCUGCUGGAGUACAACGGCAUAGAGGGCAUGAUCCUGCUGUCUGAGCUGUCGCGGCGGCGCAUCCGCUCCAUCACCAAGCUCAUCAAGGCGCGCCGCGAGAAUUCAGAUUGA